AUGCCAGAGCAGAGCAACGAUUACCGGGUGGCAGUUUUUGGGGCAGGAGGUGUUGGCAAGAGCUCCCUGGUCUUGAGAUUUGUGAAAGGCACAUUCCGGGAGAGCUACAUCCCAACCGUGGAAGACACCUACCGGCAGGUAAUCAGCUGUGACAAGAGCAUCUGUACACUCCAGAUCACUGACACCACUGGCAGCCACCAGUUCCCUGCCAUGCAGCGGCUGUCCAUCUCCAAGGGGCAUGCCUUCAUCCUGGUGUACUCCAUCACCAGCCGGCAGUCCCUGGAGGAGCUCAAGCCCAUCUAUGAGCAGAUCUGCGAGAUCAAAGGGGAUGUGGAGAGCAUCCCCAUCAUGCUGGUGGGGAACAAGUGUGACGAGAGCCCCAGCCGCGAGGUGCAGAGCAGCGAGGCAGAGGCCUUGGCCCGCACAUGGAAGUGUGCCUUCAUGGAGACCUCGGCCAAGCUCAACCACAACGUCAAGGAGCUCUUUCAGGAGCUGCUCAACCUGGAGAAACGCAGGACCGUGAGCCUCCAGAUCGACGGCAAAAAGAGCAAGCAGCAGAAAAGGAAAGAGAAGCUCAAGGGCAAGUGUGUGGUCAUGUGA